GCCAUGCUGUACUCGCUGUUCUUAGUGCCAUCUCUGUUCCUGCUGGUGAUGCCUGUCCCUAGCCAUGCCUGGUCACGGCCCCUCUGGUACCAAGUAGGGCUGGACUUGCAGCCCUGGGGCUGCCAGCCAAAUAGUCUGGAUAGCUGCAGGAGCAGUCUGAGCUGCCCUGGCUACUGGCUGGCCCUGGGAAGAAAUCGCAUCUACCCUGUGGCUGGAAUCACACUCACCACCACCACCAUCCUGAUCAUUAGGCGUCUGAUGUUGAGCCGGUGGCGAUCUCAGGUCACCAAGGGUCAGCUCCCACAGGUGACCUCCAGCCCCUGCAGACUCUGGAAACGGCAGGUCGCCGUCUCUGACCGCAUCCUGGUCCUCAGGGUCCUCCACAUGCUGGAUGCCAUCCUGCCCCACAUUGAGAGCCACCUGCAACGCCUGGCUUCGCAGCAGCAAAUCCAAAUAAAAGGGAUUCCCACCUAGUCU